CAGUGUAGAGAGGUGUCCGUCAUAUGAUCGGUUUGUAGACUGAGUGGAGAAGAGAAGGUUGUAGUAUUAACAUUUUAAAAAUGAAUGAAUUUGUUAAUCCUGCAGCAGCUAAUAAACAACACCAGCUUGCCGUAACCAGAGACUUUAUAUCUCAACCGCGGUUAACUUACAAGACCGUUUCUGGAGUUAAUGGGCCAUUGGUCAUUUUAGAUGAUGUAAAGUUUCCUAAGUUUGCUGAAAUUGUGCACUUGACUUUGGCUGAUGGAAAUGUUCGAACUGGACAAGUAUUGGAAGUCAGUGGGUCUAAAGCUGUAGUACAGGUCUUCGAGGGAACAUCUGGAAUUGAUGCAAAACACACCGUAUGUGAAUUUACAGGAGAUAUUCUACGUACACCAGUUUCAGAAGACAUGCUUGGUCGUGUUUUUAAUGGAUCAGGAAAACCAAUUGACAAGGGUCCUCAUGUCUUAGCUGAAGACUUUUUAGAUAUACAAGGUCAGCCAAUCAACCCUUGGUCUCGUAUUUAUCCUGAAGAAAUGAUCCAGACUGGAAUAUCUGCCAUUGAUGUGAUGAACAGCAUAGCUCGUGGACAAAAAAUUCCAAUUUUUUCAGCUGCUGGCUUACCACAUAAUGAAAUUGCAGCCCAGAUUUGUCGUCAAGGAGGGUUGGUUAAAGUUCCAGGCAAAAGUGUUCUUGAUGACCAUCAUGAUAACUUUGCUAUUGUGUUUGCUGCUAUGGGGGUGAAUAUGGAAACUGCUCGUUUCUUCAAACAAGAUUUUGAGGAGAAUGGUUCCAUGGAAAAUGUGUGUCUCUUCCUUAACUUAGCUAAUGAUCCAACCAUUGAGAGGAUCAUUACACCUCGCCUGGCUUUGACCACUGCUGAAUUCCUGGCCUACCAAUGUGAGAAACAUGUUCUGGUCAUUCUUACAGAUAUGUCAUCCUAUGCAGAAGCUUUGCGAGAGGUAUCAGCUGCACGUGAAGAAGUACCAGGUCGUCGAGGGUUUCCUGGUUACAUGUACACUGAUUUAGCUACUAUCUAUGAAAGAGCAGGACGAGUUGAGGGAAGAAAUGGAUCAAUCACUCAGAUCCCUAUUCUUACCAUGCCUAAUGAUGAUAUCACUCAUCCCAUACCUGAUUUGACUGGUUAUAUUACAGAAGGUCAGAUUUAUGUAGAUCGUCAGCUUCAUAAUCGUCAGGUGUAUCCUCCAAUUAAUGUACUGCCAUCACUUUCUCGAUUGAUGAAAUCAGCUAUAGGAGAAGGCAUGACUAGAAGAGAUCAUGCUGAUGUCUCAAAUCAACUGUAUGCUUGUUAUGCUAUUGGGAAAGAUGUCCAGGCCAUGAAAGCUGUUGUUGGAGAAGAAGCUCUAAGUUCAGAAGAUCUACUCUACUUAGAGUUCUUGGGAAAGUUUGAGAAAAAUUUUAUUUCUCAAGGGAACUAUGAAAACAGGUCAGUCUUUGACUCCCUUGAUAUUGGGUGGCAGCUUUUACGAAUCUUCCCAAAGGAGAUGUUGAAAAGAAUUCCACAGAAAACUCUGACUGAGUUUUACCCACGAGAUAGUCGACAUACUGGAGCAGGUGCAGGAAACAAAUAGACUGAUGUACUGCAAUGUACCCUGAGGCGGCAGCAGCACACAGCAUUCCAGAUAUGACCUAGUCAUACAGUAAAGACGUGGUGCUUGAUAGAAGCUGCACAGUGCAGUCAUGGAAAAAAAAUAAUUGUCUUUUAAACUACUGAACCAAUUGAAAUGUCAAUGAAAUUCCAAAUUUUCACAUAAGUCAUGCAAAUAAUUGAACAUGUAUGUUGUUAACAGUCGUUUUUAUUAAAUAAUACUUAUAAUAAUGUAAUUGGAUACCUUGAUUCAUGUUAAAUAUUACAUUCCCUAUUAUAAUUCCAGUUUAUAAUGUUCUUUCAAUCUUAGUAGAUGACAAUACUUAAUGCUAGAAUUACUGGUGGGGACCAUAUAGACCCCAUAAGAUUUUUGUUUUAGCUACUAAUACACGGAUUGCUUGAGGAUCCAUAAUUCUGUUGCUUGCAGAUUCUCUAAUAACAUACAAGCUAUACAAAACUCUAAAUAAUACCUUCAAUAUUGCAAUUAAUCCCAGUAUUUACUCAGUAAAAUUCAAUAGUAUUUAACAAAAAGUCUGUAAUUUGAGAGUUAAAAGAUUAAGAGUUAGGUCAAAAACAAGAAAGAGCUAUAAAGAAAUACCUCAAUCACAAUUCAAGGCAGUUUUAUGUAUUUCGUAUUAAGUAAAUGAAGUGAUCAAACCUGUAAGAUGCCAGCUCUAUAAAUCAAAGAACAAUUUGAUAUAGUAAGAGAAAAAGAUUUGCUCUUUAGAAAAAGACUUGUGUUGAGAGAAUGAAAAAGAGAAAGCCUUAAACCUGAGUGUUUUCAGAAGAUUGAAGGUUAUUUACUUCUGAAGGUGGAAGGAUGCACCCUCCAGUAUUUCUAGGGUUCAGGUUUUCCUCUUUUUCAAUACCUUGUUUUUUGUGAUCCUACAGGCUUUUACGAGUUGUGUAUUGAGAUAAUGAAAGAGCAUAAUACCAAACAGUUUUAAUAAUUCCAUAUAGAUUAUUAUAGGAAAGGGAACAAGUCAUUACAGUUAUGGGAUUUAAAUAUACAAAAACGAGUUAAAUUUUAAAGUUCUUCUUUAAAAUUACACAUGAAUACAUAAGGUUUUCUUAGGAUAAUGUUUAUAUUAUAUACAACUUGUGAUAUAAAGCUACAUUUUUAUACCUGAGGAAAUGAAAAAUAAUUUUUCUUCUAAUUGUUUAAGAAAAUACAUUUAAUUGUCAUUUCUUAAGUUAUAUCUUAAAUUAACUAGUCCUAAACAUGUUUUGGGGCAAAAACUUUACUAAUUGUGAUAGGAAAUGUAGUAGACCUGUGUGGUUAUCCAAUUAAAACUUAGUCUAGAGAUCAGUAUGAAAAUAUUUUAAACUUACUAGGGUGUAAUUGAAGUUCUUGCAUAUCUGUGUGAAUGUGUUAGUAUAUAAUAUGUCCCUUAGUUUGUUUACCAGUAUACAAUGUAUUUUUUCCAUGACUGCACAUUAAAAUGUAUCCUGUAGUAGUGUCAGAAAGUUAUUAUGCAUGUUACUGUGUUAAAAAAAAUAAAAACUGGUGUAAUUGA